CUCCCCUGUCCCGUCUCUUGCGUCCUCUGAUCUCCCACUCCCACUUCUUCCUCUCCUGUUAUGGUAGCUAUGGAAGACGAGCUCAAAUCUCUUAACAUCAACAUAAAAAUGUUGCGCACGAAUAUAUCAUGCGUAGAGUUCAAAUCAAAGAAAUUCAAAUACGAAUACUGAUGGCUAGGGUUUGAACCGGAAAGUGAAAAUAUUAUACCAAGUUCAUCAAUUCAUCAAUUAUUGGGGGUUAGGAUUUGAACAAAAGAGCGCAAUCAACAGAUUCUGAGAAAAUGGACAUGCCAGACAAGAAAGAUUCACUAACGAACAACGCCAUUAACAACAAUAGCCAAGGUGUUGACGAUAAUUCUCUUGUUGAUCGAGAACCCGAAGAUCGUGAACGCCGAGCCCGUGACCUCAAAAUCGGCCUUGAUUUGCUCAUGGUGACGAAAAAAAAAAGAGGGAGACUUACAAAUAUGGGAAUGUCUAAAAGUCAUUAUUUUUACAUUUUUGUUCAAUUUUACUUCAUUUCCAUAGCAAUUUGUCAGCCAAAUUUUGCAUUCCAUUCUUGUAUAGACACUUAUGGUAAUUAUACAAGUAAUAGCCCUUACCAGGAAAAUCUCAACACCUUCUUCUCUUCAAUAUCAUCCAACACCCAAAUCAACACCCACUUCUAUAAUUUCUCAGUUGGUGAAGAACCUGACCGAGUUAAUGGGAUCGCGUUAUGUGGAGGUGAUGUGACGUUUCAAGAAUGCUAUACAUGCCUGAAUAACUCAAUAAGUAUGCUUCCACGGCUAUGCCCAACACAAAAGGAAGCUUUUGGGUGGUACGACGAUUGUAUGCUACGUUAUGCAAAUCGCACAUUAUUGGGAAUCAGUGAAGAACAACCUAGCUUACCUUUAUUUAACUUAGAUAAUGUGACUGAUAAUGUGAAUCAGUUUACUCAGGUGCUGGGAACAUUAUUUAACAACCUUCGAAAUGAAGCUGCUUCCGGUGAUUCGCAGCUUAAGUUUGCAACUGGAAAUGAUAGUUACAGCAGUUUUGGGAACGUUUAUGCACUUGCUCAGUGCUCACCAGAUUUGUCAUAUAGAAACUGCUUCAAUUGUCUUGGGGAUUUUAUUAAUAUGCUUCCGAGUUGUUGCGCUAACAGGAUAGGAGCACAAGUUAUUGGACCAAGUUGCAAGAUAAGAUAUGAAAAUUAUUUGUUUUACACCAAUAACAACAUGCCUAGUCCAAGUCCACCAUCUCCUCCCCCGUUGCGUGCAUCUUCGCCGCCUCCUCCACCAGGAAAUGGAAGCAACACGACACUGAUUGCUGUCUUAGUGGUAGUGCCAACUGUUGUAUCAAUUGUUCUUGCAGUCAUCUUCAUUUACUUGUGUAGGAGAAGAAAGGCACGGAAGAAGUUUAACAGCUCAAUGGCUUCUUCUUCUGUUCAUCAACAUGAUACUGAUGAAAGUAGAAGUUUAGUGUCUCUACAAUUUGGUUUUGAGGCCGUUAGAGUGGCAACAGAUGACUUCUCAGAUGCUAAUAAACUUGGCCGAGGUGGAUUUGGUAUCGUUUACAAGGGAAAAUUUCCAAAUAGAGAAGAAAUUGCAGUGAAGAGACUCUCAAGGGAUUCGGGACAAGGUGAUAGCGAGUUUAAGACCGAGGUUUUGUUAGUGGCUAAGCUUCAACACAGGAAUCUCGUUAGACUCCUUGGCUUCUGCAUAGAAGAAGAUGAAAGAAUACUCAUUUAUGAGUUUGUGCCCAACAGUAGCCUCGAUCACUUCUUGUUUGACGCAAACAAGCGGUCAUGUUUGGACUGGGGAAAGCGUUACAGGAUUAUAACAGGCAUAGCUCGAGGACUCCUAUACCUACAUGAAGAUUCUCGACUUCGAAUCAUCCAUCGUGACCUUAAAGCUAGCAACAUACUUCUAGAUGCUGAUAUGAAUGCCAAGAUUGCUGAUUUUGGCAUGGCAAGGUUGUUUGGUGUUGACCAAACACAGGGAGAUACCAACAGAAUUGUUGGUACCUAUGGAUAUAUGGCACCAGAAUAUGCAUUUCAUGGAUUCUUCUCUGUAAAAUCAGAUGUCUACAGCUUUGGCGUGCUAGUUCUGGAAAUCAUUACAGGUCGAAAGAAUUCUGGCUUCCAAAACGGGGAACACACAGAGGACCUAAUAAGCUACGUAUGGAGAAAUUGGAGAGAAGAUACAGUUGUAUCUAUAAUUGAUCCAACAAUAACAACAGGGUCAAGAACUGAUAUUACGAGAUGCAUACAUAUGGGUUUAUUAUGCGUUCAAGAAAAUGUCGAGGACAGACCAACUAUGUCUUCAGUAGUGUUGAUGCUUAGUAGCCACUCUCUCGCACUUCCGGUGCCUUCUCAUCCUGCAUUCGUCAGUACUACUGCCAACAUAGACAUUAACACUGAUGUUUCUAAAGAGAGAUCUUUAGGUAGUUUGUCAGAAAAUGGGGAUUCGAUCACUAGUUUCUAUCCACGAUAAGAUUCAAAGUAGGGCACAAUUUAUUGCUUGAAAAUUUCUUGAUUGAUAAAAAUUCUUUGUAUGAUAAAUUUUAGGUUUCAGUUACUGUUGUUAUAGGAUGUAGAUUUUACAAUGACAUUAAUAUUAACCAUACUUUUAUUAAUUA